GUGAAGAGAUGCUGCUGCUGCUGCUCCGCGUCUUAAAGACGAGAGCGGAGAUCUGCCACGCGCGCGGCUCGCAGCCAAUGAGCGUCCACCUUGCGUGGCAUUCGGCGCCGCGAUUGGCUACGAGCUGCGGAAGGUUUUGCGCACGCCCCGACUGAACGUAAACAUUGGCGUAGUCUGUGGCACUGAGGCAGGAACGGAUAAAACUGUCAGAGGACGAGAGGAGAGAGCGCGCGCGAGAGAGAGAUAGAUAGAGAGAGAGAGAGAGAUAGAGAGAGAGAGAGAGAGAGAGAGAGAGAGAGAGAGAGAUUCUUCAUCAUCCGCGCCUUUAACUCUCUAAACUUGCUUCAGAUCUGUAGUCAGAGUCGGGUGAGGCUGCGGGCAGAUGGAAGUUGUGAGGGAGAACGUGAUGAAAUAGAACGCGAGGAGCGAGUCGGAGUGAGCGGAGCGGAGGCCGAGGCAGCGCACAGGACGAGCGGGAAGUUUACAAAGAAAAAAACGCCCUGAUGUCUCCUUGAGAAAAAAGAAAGAGAGCUGUCGAUGAUGCGCCUCCAUGUGGGAUUUACCAAACCGUCACCUUGAACCUCCAGGACGUGAGACCUUUCUCCCGCGUGCUCAUUUUUGUGUUGUUUUCUUGCUGUUGCGGUUUUCUGAACAGGACGCUAUGACUUCACGGACGGAAUGCCGAGUUGAGCAGAUGUAAAAGCGAUUUCGCCGGGAAAUGUGGAUUUCUACUUUCAAAAGUCUAUUUCCUCUGUAAAAUUUGAUGGAUGUUUCUGAUUACCGUUCAGUGGAUCAAACCAAAAUACCGAGCAUAGUUUUCCCAGUUUGAAUAAUUCAUGAACUAGAGCGUCCCUUCCAGGGGUGGAAAAAAAGUUACGACAGCAUACGGGGAGGGGGAAUAAUAAGUAGACUGGUACAAAGUGGUGAGGGGGGAUGGCCACGGCGGCUUCCAAUCCCUACCUGGCUAGCAACAGUGUUCUCUCAUCAGGCUCCAUUGUGCCCUCGGAGUCCGGAGGUGGUGGCAUGCAGCCGGGAAGUGGUGCCGUGACUUCGGUGUCAGGUGGAUACAGAGGAGACCCUGCGGCCAAGAUGGUGCAGAGUGACUUUAUGCAAGGGAGCAUUGCAGCCAGCAAUGGGGGCCACAUGCUAAGCCAUGCGCACCAGUGGGUAACCUCAUUGCCACAUGCUGCCGCCGCCGCUGCAGCUGCAGCCGCCGCUGCUGCAGCCGAAGCUGGCUCACCUUGGUCCUCCAGCCCUGCUGGGAUGGCAGGCAGCCCCCAACAACAGGACGUCAAGGGUGGCUCCAGUAGAGAAGACCUGCAUUCGGGCACUGCGCUGCACCACCGCCCUCCGCACAUAGGCGCUCACCAGUCCCACCAAAGCGCUUGGGGUGGCACGACUGCAGCUCACAUCAGCACCAUCACUGGGGCGCAGCAGCAGUCUCAGCAGUCCCUCAUUUACUCCCAGCCAAGUGGGUUCACUGUCAACGGGAUGCUAAACCCCACCGGGAGCCUGGUCCACCCUGGGUUGAUGCGGGGCGAUUCGCCAGAAAUGGACCACCACCAUCACCACCACCACCACCACCACCAACACCAACACCCACACCACCAUCACCAGCAGCACCACGGUGGCGUCAGCAGCCACGACUCACACUCCGACGAGGACACGCCGACCUCCGACGACCUGGAGCAGUUCGCCAAACAGUUCAAGCAGCGUCGAAUAAAGCUCGGCUUCACGCAGGCCGACGUCGGCUUAGCCCUGGGGACCCUCUACGGCAACGUCUUCUCUCAGACCACCAUCUGUCGGUUCGAGGCGCUGCAGCUGAGCUUCAAAAACAUGUGCAAGCUGAAGCCACUCUUGAACAAGUGGCUCGAGGAGGCUGACUCGACCACAGGCAGCCCCACCAGCAUUGAUAAGAUAGCAGCGCAGGGCAGGAAGCGCAAGAAGCGCACCUCCAUUGAGGUGAGCGUGAAGGGGGCCCUGGAGAGCCACUUUCUGAAAUGUCCCAAGCCCUCAGCGCAGGAGAUCUCCUCCCUGGCGGACAACCUGCAGCUGGAGAAGGAGGUCGUUCGGGUGUGGUUCUGCAACCGCAGGCAGAAGGAGAAAAGGAUGACGCCACCCGGGGUUGGCCAGAGCCCGGAGGACGUGUACUCUCAGGCCGGCAACGUGAGUGCAGACACACCGCCUCCGUCCAUGGACUGCAAACGAGAGUUUUCUGAUAGACUGCUUAAAAGAUGCAAGUUUGAAAGGUGAACCGGAGGACCAGGUGGGGAUCUCUUCGUGCUCCUAUCGCCAGGUGGUUCUGGCCCACUGACACUCCAACCAAACUCGACACUAGAUUUUUUUUUUUUUUUUUAUGGAUGGCCCUCCAGAGAAUUUAGAAAAAUGACAGACAUGGACCCUCGGUGAAAACAAACGAGCUCCCGGACGCAUCGCCGUUUCACGAGGAAUAACGUUAUUCGUGUUAACAAAAGGGAAUUGUCUUAUUGCCUCGAGUAUUGGCUCCAGUCCACUUCCCGAAGACUCUGUGCUGCAAACUUCAGCUUUUCUAUUACAGACUAGUUUUUUUGUGGACCGCACUUCUGUGAAUAGUUUUCACACAGGGAAACACUAAGGGGGGGAAAAACAAGGAUUCUAAAACUGCACUUAUUCAUCCUUCAGCCUUCUCUCUUGUGAACACUCCCCCCUCCUUCUUUUGUUUUCCAUCUGAUUUGCUUUUUUGUUGGUUAUUUUAUUUAGUUCCAUGUCUUUGGCUGAAUAAUCGUGGACUCUGUCCCUUUUCCUUACUGCUAUUUCCACGCAGUAGUUUUGGCGAAUUUUGAUAAGUCUGUGUACAUUUGGCAAUAUGAAUUCUCAGUGGUGAUUGACUUGCUUUAUAUUUUUCACUAAAAUCCCACUUUGGAAUAUUUUCGGAAGUUCCCCGAACUGUGGGCGAGCUGUGAUCUUUCUCUUAGACGUAGCAUCUCCAUGUGCAUCGUUUCCCUCUCCUCUUUUAAUUCUGGAUGAUAUUCUAUACACUUAGUAGGCUCACAAUUGUUAUUAAAUUUGCCUACAGAGCAGCACACUGAUAAAUCUGAUAGGCCGACAAAUCAUUGUCAAAACAUUUUUUAUUUGAUUUGAUUUUCAUUUCUGUGGUUGUUAUUUAAGUUCAGUAUUGAGUCAGUCAGAGGUGAUUGAGAAUAAUAAAUUUGAUAGAUCUGA